CUUUCGAAGUAGAAGCUCCCGUCCCUUCCGAUCCCUUUUUCUCCUCCAAACCCUAACGCCGAUGUCUUCUUGAGGCCCCCUUCUUGCCUCGCUGCGCGUCGGGAUCGCCUCCCCGUCUCAGAAUCGGUGGACGAUUCGAUCUCCAGAUGCCGCAGAUCUGCCUCUCUCGGCCGCACGGCGACUCUCGGAUCGGCUCCUCCCCCUCGGCUUCGGUGAUGUUCGAGGAACUUUUGCCAGACAUGGUUUCCGUUACUUGUUGCAGUAGCGAUGCCAAGCUUGAUACUGCAGAAUCAUACUUGUAUGAAGGCAGUCAUCUCUUUGCAUCGAGGAAAAGGCUGAAAUCAUCAGGAACUGAAUUGUCUUGCAUGGAAGGGCAAGCCUCUUUAGGUGUUUUUGAUGAUUAUUUGUCACAUGGACACAGUGGAGGGUUCUCAUCUUAUCGGUGUUCAGAUAAGCAAAACGGCUCCUUCUGUGUCUGUCAUCCACUUGGAGAAAUUGACUCAUAUGUUGCAAUGGAGGGAAGUUCUAGGUCUACAAACAAUAGCUGUCAGAAUUCCCAACAAUAUGGCUCAGGUGUUUUAGUGGGCCAGGACAAAAGUUAUGGUGGAUAUGCCCAAAACUUCUCUGUGAGCGGAUGGAUGUACAUCAAUGAACAUGGGCAAAUGUGUGGGCCAUAUAUUCAAGAACAGCUAUAUGAGGGCUUAUCUACAGGGUUUUUGCCAGAAGACCUUCCAGUUUAUCCUGUUGUAAAUGGAAGUCUCAUCAAUCCGCUGCCCUUGAAAUAUUUAAAGCAAUUUCAUAGCAAUGCAUGUGGUGCUUUAAAUUUUUUAACUGCAGUAUCGAGUGAAACUAGCAACCUUGCAAGCUGCCGGUCAUGGUCUCGUGGACAUGCGAAAAAACAGGUAGAAUCCGAUCCAGUUUCUACAUAUAAAGCUCAUGGUUCUGAAGUGCAAAAUACAAAUGAUGGAAUAGUGAAUCGUGCAUCAUCAGUGCUUCCAGCGUCACUUUCAAGUGAAGAGUCAUGCUGGAUGUUUGAGGAUGAGGAAGGUCGAAAGCAUGGCCCACAUUCACUUGCAGAACUUUACUAUUGGCAUCACAGCAGUUAUCUUCAUGAUUCAUUGGUGAUACACCAUGUUGGUAACAAGUUUGGGCCGUUCACUCUUGCAUCUUUAAUUGACGAAUGGAGCAGAGUAAGCAUGCAGACUGUGUCGGAUGCUGAUUUAAGAGAAGAGGGCGCCAACAAUGAUGAUGCCAGUUCUUUUAACAGCUUCAUAUCUAACAUUUUAGAAGACGUCUCUAAUCAGUUGCAUGCUGGCAUAAUGAAAGCUGCCCGUCGGAUGUUGCUAGAUGAAAUAAUUAGCGGUGUCAUACCGGAAUUUAUUUCUUUGAGGAAAGCUCAGAGAAGUUGUAGGCCAGAACAGAAUGCUAAGAUGUGUUAUUCAUCUGACAAAAGGACUCACACUGUGAUUCAGAGGAAGUCCGGCACAGUUGGAAACAAGGUUGCUGUUUCCUCUAACAUGUCAAAGGAGAUAAAUUCAUUUCAGGCAUCUCAUGCAGAGUCAUCUACAAGUGCUUGUAUCUCUUGUAGCUCUGUUAACUCUCCAGAGUUACUGUUAGCAGUCCGCAAAAUCUUUUAUUAUGAUUGUAUGAAAGUUUUGUGGAAUGCUGUCUUCUACGAUCCUGUUGCAGAUUACUGCAGUGCAUGGCUUAAAAGAAAGCGCUGGUCUGCAAUUUCACCUUCACCGGUUACUGUUUCUUAUGAUGAGCAAGAUAUGCCAAGCCUCAGUGAGAUGCAAGCAAAGGUCGUCUCUGAACCACAGACUUCUGGUUAUGACAUGGAUUUCCCCCCUGGUUUUGGACCUGCAAUGGAAAAUAGGGAUACAUCCGCUCCCUCUGGGCUUGGACCUGUGAUGGGAAGUGCAGAUACUUGUGCUCCUCCUGGGUUUGGACCGGCAACAGGAAGUGCAGAUAUUUCUGCACAUUCUCCAUCAAUUUCAGAUGUUAGUUCCAUUGCCAAAGAAGUCGAGACAAAGCAAAACAGUAUAUAUCAUGUCAAUUUAUUGUCUGGUGCUCUAACAAAGACUCAGCGAAGUGUAGAGAAUGCUUUAUACAUAUCAGCAAAGGCAUCUUUAUUUGAAUAUUUUGAAGAGGUUAUAAAAGAGGAAAUGACAAAUUUGUUUUAUUUGGCCUUAGAAGAUAAUUUGAAUCAGCAACAGGUUGAUGUGAGAGAAUCUGAUUGCCAGACAGAUUUGCCCAAAUCAGUUGGCAUGGAUAAUGAUAUAACGUUGGAGUUUCCUGAACCACCAAGUGUGCCCUCUACAAGUUAUGUAAGUGCCUUUGAAAAACUGGACCUGCCUAUGACAACUGGCCCUGAUGAUGUAAAUGUUGACGAACCACCGCCCCCUGGACUGGAGGAGUGGCCUACAUCUCUGGAUGUAGUUCAAGAAACCAAGUUCCGACCUUCAAAAUUAGAGGGGCAUAUUCCUGUUAUUCAGAAAUAUAUUACUUUGGCACUUUGCCGACAGAAGUUACAUGACGAGGUUCUUAAUGGGUGGAAAUCCUCUCAUAUGACUGGCAUUCUUCACAAAUGUGUUGAUUCUUGGGGUGCUAUAAGGAAUUCUGAAUUAAAUGCCACAGGUGUCAACAGUGACAAAACAAACCUGAAUCGCUUAUUUGGGGAUGGAGCAUAUCAUGUCGAACAAGAAAAUGAUGGUGAUUCCUCUGCAGCUUUAGAGAAACUUAGAGAAAGAUCGAGGCACUCAAACAAUUCAGAGUUGGCUGGUACUUCUUCACUUAUUGGAAAGUACACUUACUUUCGGAAGAAAAAAUUAGGCAGGAACAAGGCUGGGUCUUCAUCCAUGUGCAUUGCCUCGGAGAAUGCUGGAUCGGUAGAGCUACCUAGGGACACCAUAGGAGAUCAGCGGAUGCCUGGAUCAAUGACUGAGCUAGUAGAUUCCAGGACUGUGGAUGUGAUUUCUCAAGAGUUAGAUGAAUGGAAGACUGAAACUCUGCCCUCACCGGAUGUUUGCACUUUAACGAGGAAAAGAACUCGGAAAUUAGGGAAAAUAACUCGGAAGAUUCGAAAAAAGACUUUGCCUAGUUUUGGUAAUCCUGAAGCAACAACUUCUCCAAGGGAUGCAAAUACUUGUAGUAAAGAGUCACAUGAUGCAGUUAAAGUGGUUUUCUCAGGUGUUUUUAAGUCCAACUUGGAGAAAGUUUCAAGUUUGGAACAGGAUUCAAAUAAAUAUGAGAAGGUUGUGUGUGGGAAUAAUUGUGAUUUGAGUGUCCAGAAAGGAUCAGAAGUAUUCUGCUCCAAUGACAUUCCAAAAUCUAGAAGACUGUCUCGUCUGAAAAGGAGAGUUGAGAUGGAUCAAGCAUCAGAUAUCCCAUCUAAAGCUUCAAAACUAACAACAAUGAGUUCAGUGAAAAAAGGAAGGCGCAAGCACUUGACAAGCCGAAGGGUGAAACCCUCGCUUCCAUGCCCCAAGUCAGAUGGCUGUGCUCGGACUUCCAUUGAUGGAUGGGAGUGGCAUAAAUGGUCACGGAAUGCACCUCCAUCUGACAGGGCUCGUGUGAGAGGAAUUCGUGUUCAAACGAAUUAUUUUGCUUCUAUGUCUAAUGCAUCUCAAAGUUCAAAUGUUAAAGGCCCUUCUGCAAGAACAAAUAGGGUCAAGCUACGAAACCUUCUGGCUGCUGCAGAGGGCGCUGACUUAUUAAAAGUCACUCAGUUGACGGCAAGGAAAAAACGAUUGCGCUUUCAAAGGAGCAAGAUACAUGAUUGGGGUCUUGUGGCCCUUGAGCCUGUCGAGGCUGAAGACUUUGUAAUUGAAUAUGUAGGCGAAGUUAUCCGUCGCCGGGUAUCAGAUAUACGUGAACGUCAAUACGAAAAGAUGGGAAUCGGUAGUAGUUACCUCUUUAGAUUGGACGAUGAUUAUGUGGUUGAUGCUACUAAACGUGGUGGAAUAGCAAGAUUUAUAAAUCACUCAUGUGAGCCAAACUGCUAUACAAAGGUGAUCACUGUUGAUGGUCAGAAGAAAAUCUUCAUUUAUGCAAAGAAACAUAUAUCUGCUGGUGAAGAGCUCACUUACAACUACAAGUUUCCAUUGGAAGAACAAAAGAUUCCGUGCAACUGUGGUUCUCGAAGGUGCCGUGGAUCGUUGAAUUAGUAACAGUAUUUUCUUAUCGCUCAUGGUCAUUUAUUUGUUGCUCUUGGACGGGCCAGUGAUCGGCUUGUAAUCGAUGAGGUUGCUGGUUGCAGUCGAAGCUACUUAGAAAGAUUUCUGGACGCUCUUUAAUGCUUUGCAAUGCAUUGUGGACUUGCUGUUCUUCAGAGUUCAAAAAGCUGUGCGCUCCAAGGUCUCCACAGUUUCAUCCAUGUUGUAAUUGUUAAUAUGGCAUGUAACAUGGAGAGCUGCAGUGAAUAUCUUCAUCUGUGCUUUAUGCAUUUCUCUUGUUAUCGCCCCAUUGGGAGUGUCGAUGGACAUUUACACAACUAUGUUCUACUGUUAUUAUCUAUUGCUGCAGUUGAGUUCUCUGCUGCCAAGGUUAAUAAUCGUCUUGUCUUUUAGAAAUACGCUGGGUUUUGAAAUUUAAUAACUCUGUACAGGCUUGUGCCGAAUUCAUUCAUUCAAUAUAAUGGGAAGCCACCAAGUCUUUGGUGCAUUUUGACUACGAAAUUUUAAGCCAUCGCAAUGAAAGGAAUCUUGUGAAUGAUUAUAUUUGGGUAAUUUAGAAUAUGUAGUCCACUGCUAUGCAAUGGAGAAGUUUGUUGAGUUAUACAAGUACAAUGGGUGUAUCUGCAGAACGGUGAAAUUGCUGUCGAUACGUUUGAGGAUUUCUAAAUAGAUUGAAGCCGUCUUUUCAUUA